GACAAACCGCAAACCGCAAUCUACCCGCGUUUACAAAAGUUUGCAAAAAAAUGGGAACUGGUUUUCUGCGGUAUUUUUCUGGGUCCUGAAAAAAUGUUCAACUCUCUAAAGUUUCAAUACUGUGAGCCUCAGUGAAAUUGAUGUGGUGAUCCUUGUUUUUGCAACAUAUUUUGAAGGAACAUAACCUCCAAACACGUUGUUAGAGGGCAAAGUGCUGCAGUUUAAUUUGCGCCUCGCUUAUUUCGUGCCAUUGCUGCUAAAAUAUUCGCAAAAUAGAUUCCGUCAUCGUUCUUCUAACGUUAAGCGAAUGGUAAAAAAUAGUUAGUGUUUUAUGGAAAUACGAAAGUAAAGUGAUGUGUGUGCUCGUCAAUGUCGUUCUGAAACAAGGCAUGUGAAUAUUAUUCAAUAAAAGAUAUGUGGCCUUGAAAAUGUCCCGCAACCUGCCAGAUAGAGUGGCAGGGGUUUACUAUGCCCACGGCCUAUUCUGUUCAUCUCAUCCUAUAUUUGUGAUUUCAUUUGCAAUUUCUGUCAUAUUAUUAUGCAGCUAUCCAUUGGUAAAUCUCCCGAUGCCUGGGAACGCUCCCAAAAUUAUUGUCAAUCAUACUUCUCUACCAGCAAACAAAAGUUCCGAUUUUUAUGUGCAACAAGUCGUACUUCGGGUCGGGGUGGUACCAUGGACAGAAGAUUUAUCAUUAAUUGACGCCUUCAGAGGCCCCCUUUCUGAAAUUUUUAAUCUUUUAGAAGUUAUACAAAAUUACCAAGAUCAAGAAACGAAAAAAUCUCUUAGUCAAGUUUGCUUGCAUGUAGAAGCAAUCAAGAAACGAAAUCUCAAAAAGCCAGAUGUUUUACCUGAAUACAAUUGUCUUGUACUUUCUCCUGCAAAUUUUUGGGAAGGAAGUAUUGAAUCUUUUAAUCAGGACACAAAUUUAAUCGGCACUGUAUUUUCUUAUCAGAGCCUGCAAAAAGGAAAAAUUAGCAUAUCUGAAAUGCUCUUUGGAAUGAGUUUAAAAGAAACAGGAGUUAAGAGAUAUCCUAUUAGAGUUCGACAGAGAGUUCUGCAAUAUGCGGUUACUUUAUUUCUAAAGGAACACGAUGCAGGAUUUAUUGACGGUUUGAGACAUCGACUCGCAACCUAUUAUCCUCUUCAUCAGUCUGAUGAAAAAAAUACCUCUAGUAUCUCAAGUCACAGCGAUGAAGCUUUGCACAUACUUUAUCCCGGUGAAUUUAAUUACAGUGACUUCUUUCCCCUGGCUAUGACAUUUCUCUCUCUAUUCGUUUACGUGUACUUCUCAGUGAGAAAAAUAGAAUUAGUCAAAUCGAAAUUCGGAAUGGCUUUUAGCGCCACUGUCACUGUCAUCUCCUCCCUGACAAUGACUGUUGGCGUCUGCUUUUUCUUUGGAUUAACCUUAAGUUUGAGUGGCAAGGAAGUGUUUCCUUAUCUAGUGAUAAUAGUCGGUUUGGAGAAUGUCCUAGUUCUGACAAAAAGUGUCGUAAGUACUCCCUCGAAUUUGGACGUGAAAAUUCGUGUUGCUCAGGGAUUGUCGAAAGAGGGAUGGUCAAUUACGAAAAAUUUACUGACAGAAGUUACUAUUCUCACCAUUGGAUUAUUUACGUUUGUACCUGCAAUUCAGGAAUUUUGUAUAUUUGCAAUUGUCGGUCUUCUAAAUGACUUCUUCCUGCAGAUGGUAUUCUUUUCAACAAUUCUUGCGAUUGACAUCAAGAGGUCCGAGUUUUCCAACGAAAAUUCAAAGUAUCACUUCACGAAUGAUCCGUCAUUGCGGAAGCAGCCCUUCACGACAACCAUUUCGAACAAAAAGCCAAACAUAUUCCGAUCCAAGUCUCAUCCAAGAUUGAAUGGCAUAGUUGGGCCAACGAAUGUGAUUGCACCGAAUAAUCAAAAUACAACGCCUCUGGUGAAAAUUCCAAAGAGGCUGAAACUGGUGCACUUUUGGGCGAGGACGAGAAUAUUUCAGCGGGCAUUUAUGGUCUGGAUGGUUGUUUGGAUUAGCAUGAUCAUUUAUAAUUCGGGAAUUAUCGAGCAGGUGAUUCAUUUGAGUGAUACACUGAAACAGGAAACGGAUAUUGAUGGAUAUGCGAUGGACAGGCCUCAAGUUUUGGACAAUUAUGUUGAGAUGAGUAUGGUCAAACCCGUUUUAACUUCCUCGACGACCUCGGCUCCGAAUCAUUUGAAUGAUCAGAGUCAUGUAACAAACAAUAUUACUGAAGAACUUAAUAAAUUACGACCUGUCGAUUUUCCUCCCUGGAAUCGUCUCUCUUUGUAUCAUUGGUCUUCGAUUCUUUCUAUGUACAAUAUAUCAGUGGCAAGCAAACAAAUUUCGAUACUUCCCACGAUCAAACUAUCAUAUGCAGUUAGUCCCCAGUUCGUCAAACAAAUCAGCAAUCCAAAUGACAUUCAACAAUUUCAGUGGCAAAGCCUUGCAACUGCUGCUCUUGACCCUCUCGAUUUUUCAGAUAUGGAACUGCCAACUAGGUCCGAGGGUCGUGGUUUCAAUACUGACACACCAUUUAUACCAACCAGUCCCAUGGAAAUAUUUCUGGCUACAUUACUUUGUUCCAUAAGUGUUGUCGUUGUUGCUUACACAAUGGUAGUAUUGUACCGGUGUAUUUGCACCCGAAAUUAUGCCGAAUGGAGAGCCAGUUGGCAUCAGCCAGAAAAAGCAUCCGAUUCGGCAACGCAACUUUUACUUGAAGCGGUGCCAAUGGUUUUGGAAGGACAUGUCCAAGAAGUCGAGUGUAUCGCUACCGAUGGAAAUACCGUCGCGAGCAGUUGCCUAUCUGGCCAUGUCCGAGUCUGGGACACAAUAUCAGGCGAGCUAUUGGCUCACGUUGAUAGACGACAAUUUUUCAGCAGUCCUCAGAAAGAUUUGACCAAUUUGUCCCAGGAUCAGGACGAGUUGAUGUCGGAUUAUGAAAGUGGCUCGCCGCCCUCGAGAGGCGAAAUGGAGAUUGCAAAUUCACAUGGUUUUUAUUCAUCAGCAUCUUCGGCGAGCCACAAACGUAAAUCCUCUCCUGCCUCGGCCAAUAGGAAAACUAAUGAAAGAUCGAUGAACAAGAGACACUCGAUGGGAAAUAUAUCAGAGUCUGAUUAUCAGAUUCAGGAUCUGGCGGGAUAUAAGUGCAAGUCUUUGAAUCAGAGAUUCGAUCUACCGGAUUUGAAGCCAGCUAUCAACACCAAAUUUUCAUCAAUGAAGUAUUCCUCUCUGCAGACAAAUUAUGAUCAGGGUUUUGAUUAUGGGGAUCGGUAUAAACAGAUUUUGGAAGAGCACAGGAAGUUGAAGGAGUUGGAAAGUUGCGAGAGUGCUGAACAGGAGAAUCAGAGUUUAUCGAAAUUAAAUUUAAAUGAUAGCGUUGGCUCAUUGAGCAAUGAGAAGGCAGUGCAAAUUUCUCAAAAUGUGCCUCAAAUUUGGUGUAUGGACUAUCAAGAAAAUCUGAUUGUAGUUGGCUGUUCAAAUGGUACUUUAGAAUUCUGGGAAGGUACAACUGGCAGGUUUAAGUGUUUAUUUGAUGAUGGAUCAGGACUGGGAAUUUCGGCUGUGAAAUUUGUUGGGAAUAGGGUAAUUGUAGCUAAACUGAAUGGAUCGUUAGAUUUUUUGCAACUAGAGAGUUACAGCGAGGGACAACAAAUUGACUGGGGUUUCACAUCAUACAGAAGAACACAUGUAAGAACGGGGAGUGCAGGUUCACCCAUGGAUGUAAAUAAUGUCGCUCAGCCCGAAGAGGAUUUGCGAUGUAUAAAAUUGUGUUCUCAUCGGGCACAUCAACAAGUAAUAACUGUGCUCGAUAGUGAAGGCGGGCGAGUUUUAACAGGAAGUCAAGAUCACACUAUAAAAGUUUAUAGGGUUGAAGAUCAGCUUCCUUUAUAUACUUUACACGGCCAUUGUGGUCCCAUAUCGUGUCUUUUUAUUGACAGGAUUAAUCCCAUGACUUCAGGAAGUGGAUCUCAAGAUGGAUUACUCUGUGUUUGGGAUCUCCUAACUGGAACGUGUAUGUACAGUAUCCAGGCACAUGAUGGCGCUGUGGCUUCCAUCACAUGUUCCGCUUCAUAUGUUAUUAGCUUCGGCCUCGAUGAAAAGCUGUGCGUUUGGGAACGCUUUCAGGGGCAUUUGUUACAUGCUUUGCCAUCCCAAAGAACGUCCUUCUGUUUACAACUUAUUAUGUUAACUCAUCAUCUACUUAUUACCAGUAAUCAGGGUUCGUUAGUUAUCUGGGAUGUGAGGACUGGUGAACCUGUUCGAGAAGUGAGAUUGGGACACAAGGAUAAUAGUGUCUUCAUAAAGCAAAUGGUGCCUCUUCGAGACAGUGUGAUAUGUGACUUUGGAAAACAAUUAAGAAUAGUCAGGUUUCCCCUUGUCACUGACAAGUUGGACUAAUUUUAUGUUUAGACUUGUGCGAAAUCGACAAGACUUUCUUUCCCAAAGUUGUUGAGGAAAAAAUGUGAAACUCGAAAAUUUCGUGGAUCGAAAUCGAGGCUCUCAGGUUAGUCUCGUAUUAAGUUUUUAUUUUUUGACUUGAAGAGUCAGUACUGUUAAACGAAAUAAUGUUAUUUCAUUUCUCAAAGUCAGAUAAAAUAUGUAAAGAAAAAAGAAAGAAGAAGAACUUAAGAGAGGAAAGGAUUGUGAUCUAAAAUUUCUAAUUUUCUCUGCGAAAAUUGACUUUGCGUAUUAAAAUAAGAUCUAUUUUAUACUGUAUUUAUUGAUUUUGCCAAACUUGCGGAAUUAUUAAAAAAUCCGCGCAAAAUAAGGCAAUUCCAAUUAACUAUUUUCUUUAGUAAAAUCUGGAUCAUUUCCAAAUUUGAAACACGUAAA